AGAGCGCUCUGGAGUCGGAAUAGAUAGCCAGAGUUCAAUUCACGAACGCACAGCUCGUUCUUGACUCCCGGUUCCAUUACACAGGGUUAGGAUUGGAUUCCCACACAGCCAUAUUUCCACGUUACAGUGCUUGUUAACGGAAAACAGCUACCUGUGCUAAUUAGCUAGCCAUCAGCGUCUCCGAACACCUGUGUUUAAACAAAGACAGACGCCGAAAAUGUGUAUUCACUGAAAAAUACUGUCGGCUGCAACUGUGUACACCUUUAAAACAGUGUACAUGCUUGCAGAGCUGCUACAACCUCAGAACCUGACUCUGCUCACCCUGAACACACAGUACGUACUGACGUGGGACUGGGACCAGACGACCACAGGCAACGCUGUUACCUUCACUGUAGAGUACAUGGCGAAGUACCAGAUGAAGAUGAAGAAGAGGAACUGGAGCUGGAUCUGUGUCUGUGAAAGGACCACACACACCCGCUGUGACCUCACAGGUUCUGAUCUGUACUACCUGGGCAAAUACAUGCUCCGAGUCCAAGCCAGCGCAGACGGAGUCAACUCAGACUGGGUCUACAUAGAGUUCUGCCCUGAUAUAGAUGCUUCUUUGGGCCCACCGUCCAGGGUGGAGCUGGCUCCUGUGAAGAACCUGCUGGAUGUGACCAUCUCUGAUCCCCUGACCAGCACCCAGGGCUCCAUGAAGGAACACAUCCCCUUCCUGGACUACCGCAUCCUGUACUGGAGCCGCUCUGAUGACCCUCAGGGUCUGAAGCCUAAAGUGGUGGACUCUAGCAACAACCUGGUGACGCUGCCUGAGCUGGAGGCCUGGACGUGGUACUGUGUCAUGAUCCAGUCUCGCUAUUACUACUACAACAAGACUAGCAGCUACACAGAACCCCAGUGCAUGCAGACAGAGGGUGACACCCCGUACUGGCAGAUCUUCCUAUACUUCCUGGUCUCCAUGAUGCUGUGUUUCCUGCUCGUGUUGCUUCCCUCCUACGCCUUCUUCAUGUUCUACAGAGUCUUCAAAAACACCUUUUACCCCUCUAUCCAGCUGCCUGCACACAUCCAGGAGUACCUCUGUGACUACUCCCCCGGCUCCGACAUGCCCCGCCUCCCCACUGCUGAUUCAGAGGCGGAGCUGUGCUGUGAUAAGCUGACCAUCUGUCCUGAGGUGUUGCUCCUGGAGAUACAUGUCGCUCCUCCUCUCACAGCGCCCCCCUCAGAGCUGGAGCAGGACAGCGGCAAGCACAUCCGCCAGGACAGCGGAGACUCUGGGAUCUACUCCACAGAGGGAGGCUCCGCCCAGCAGGGUCGUAGUGGUGGGGAGCCAAUCAGGAGAGACCAGGAAGUGGACUCCUGGCAGGCACUGGAGCAGGUCAAGAUGGAGGCGAUGGGGAGAGAGUCGGCCGACGAAAGAGAUCUGGACGAGGGGGUUGUGGAUGUGUGCGUCUGAGGAGAAAUGGAGAGCUGGGUGGAAAGACCAUCAAUGAUGGUUGGCGAUUUGUAAUGAGGAAAUGAGAAUGGUCGCACAGAAUGUUCUCAAGUCUCCGUCUUGCUGCCUCUCCUCAAAGGUCACUGUGAAGAGAAUGACGUAUGAGCCAAAGACGCAUCGUCACCUGUCCUGCCUACAUUAAAGGAAAAAUCUACUCCAAAACUAUCUUAUAAUAUUGUUUCGUUAGUCCACUGUUGAUACAGUCCCAAAUUGUUUUGCAUGUCAACAGACAAGUUUUCAAAAUAUUGGACUUUCAAGAAGCAAAGUGUCACAUGAUGUAAAAUGCAUCAUUGUGUGGCAAGUGACACUUCUUGAAAGUCCAAUACCUUAAACUUGUCUGUUGACAUGCAAAACAUUUUGGGACUGUAUCAUCAGUGGACUAAUGAAUCCCAUGUUGCUGUGUGUUUAAGGGUAUAGAAACAAGCUUAAAAGUGUCAGAUUUGGUAUGGGGGGCACAUUGACUUCAAGAUGUCUAAAAGACCCCAGUCCACCUUUCUUUUCUAUGACUUGGGUAUAGAAGCUGAUAAGGGUCGUGUUGGUUCCAGACUUAGUGCACUGUUGUUGCUCGAGUCUUUCACAACGUCAGCAACGUGGGGCCUUCCUCUUGACACAGCCUGGUAUAGUGGUCCUGGAUGGCAGGGAGCUCUGCCCGAGUGAUGUACUGGGCCGUAUGCACCCCACUUUGUAGCGCCUGGCGAUCGGGUGCCUUGUAGAUGCCGUUCCAAGCGGUAAUGCAGCCAGUCAAGACGCUCUCGAUGGUGCAGCUGUAGAACAGCCUCCCGAGGUGUAGAGGCGCCGUCAUGCCCUCUUCUCAACUGUGUGUAUGGACCUUAAGUCCUUAGUGAUUUGGACACUGAGGAACUUGAAGCUCUCGACCUGCUUCACUACCGCCCCAUUGAUGUGGAUGGGGGCGUGUGUUCACCCCUCCGGUUCCUCUAGUCCACGAUCAGCUCCUGUGGUCUUGCUGACGUUGAGGGAGAGGUUGUUGUCCUGGCACCACACUACCAGGUUUCUGAACUCCACCCUAUAGGCUGCCUCUUCGUCCUACGUGAUAAGUCCUACCACCGUCGUGUCGUCAGCAUACUUGGUGUUGGACUCGUGCGCAGUCAUGGGUGAACGGAAUACAGGAGGGGACUAAGCACACAGCCCUGCGGGGGCCCCGUGUUGAUGGUUAGUGUGGUGGAUGUGUUGUUGCCUACCCUCACCACCUGGGGGCGGCCCAUCAAAGUCCAGGAUCCAGUUGCAGAGGGAGGUGUUCAGACCCAGGGUCCUGAGCUUGGUGGUUAGCUUGGAAGGGACUAUGGUUUUGAUUGCUGAGCUGUAGUCAAUGAACAGCAUUCUUACAUAGGUACUCUUUUUGUCCAGAGGGGUGAGGGCAGUAUGGAGUGCAAUAGAGAUUGCGUCAUCUGUUGGGGCGAAAUGCAAAUUGGAGUGGGUCCAGGGUGUCUGGGAUGAUAGUGUGAGCCAUGACCAACCUUUCAAAGUAUUUCAUGGCUAUAGAUGUGAGUGCUACGGGGCGAUUUGCCAGCUACUCAGUGCAAACUUUGAGUAUGUGGCCUGGUAUUCCGUCGGGCCCCACGGCCUUGUGAAUGUUAACCUGUUUGAAGGUCUUACAUUGACUACGGAGAGCAAGAUCAUACAGUCGUACUGAACAGCUGGGGCUCUCAUGCAUGGUUCAGUGUUGCUUACCUCAAAGCGUGCAUAAAGGCAUUUAGCUCCUUUGGUAGGCUUACAUCGCUAGGCAGGUCGUGGCUGGGUUUCCCGUUUAUAAUCUGUGGUGGAUUACAAAGGGUGUGCAAGUUUUUUUUGUUACUUUUUAAAACAUGAAUUAGUUUGUUCUUUAUGGAAUCUGAAAUCAAGGAAAGUGUCAUGUUUUCUCUCUAUCUUCUUAUUAUUUGACUUCAUCUUUCUUUUAAAAGGUGCUUUGGUCCAACUGUUACUGGUUGGACCCCUGAGUCUUAAACAAGAACUGAAUCCCUGAAGGUCUGUUUAUUGAUGUCUGUCUUUCUGAUUGUUUGUUUUCUGAGGUGAAACAAAUUCCUCCUAGAGGUUUUUUCAUACAACAUCAUUUCGUCGAAGUUAAAUUAUCGGCAUCAUUUGGAUAAAAAGUGACAUAAAACAAAAUGCAUCCAACAAAACCAUACCUUACAUCUGUCAAAGCCUCAUAAACACAGCCAAUGCAAAUGUUUGUCUAUGUUUUAUCAUACCUAGCUGACAUCUGACGUAGCAUUAUAGUUACCUACUGUAGGUUUAAAAAGUAGUCCUGGUCCUAAAAAGUAGUGUGCAGAAACAAUUGUCGCAUUUUACAGUAACACACCGACUCAUUCAAGGUUUUUUUGGGGGGGUUUCACUGUUUUCUACAUUGUAGAAUAAUUGUGAAGACAAACUAUGAAAUAACAUAUGGAAUCAUGUAGUAACCAAAAAAGUGUUAAACAAAUCUAAAUAUAUUUUAGAUUCUUCAAAGUAGCCACCCUUUGCCUUGAUGCCAGGUCAUCUGAUGCAGCAUUCCAUCACUCUCCUUCAUCACAUAGCUCUUACACAGCUUGGAGGUGUGUUUUGGGUCAUUGUCCUGUUGAAAAACAAAUGAAGGUCCCACUAAGCGCAAACCAGAUGGGAUGGCGUUUCGCUGCAGAAUGCUGUGGUAGCCAUGCUGGUUAAGUGUGCCUUGACUUCUAGGACAUAUUUCCACCAGUCUAAUGUCCAUUGCCUGUGUUUCUUGGCCCAAGCAAGUCUCUUCUUAUUAUUGGUGUCCUUUAGUAGUGGUUUCUUUGCAGCAAUUUGACCAUGAAGGCCUGAUUCACACAGUCUCCUCUGAAAAGUUGAUGUUGAGAUGUGUCUGUUACUUGAACUCUGAAGCAUUUAUUUGGGCUGCAAUCUGAGGUGCAGUUAACUCAAAUGAACUUAUCCUCUGGGUCUGCCUUUCCUGUGGUGGUCCUCAUGAGAGCAAGUUUCAUCAUAGCGCUUGAUGGUUUUUGAGAAUGGACUUGAAAUGUUCAGCAUUUACUGACAUUCAUGUCUUAAUGUAAUGAUGGACUGUCAUUUGUCUUUGCUUAUUUGAGAUCUUCUUGCCAUAAUACGGACCUGGUGUUUUACCAAAUAUGCUGUACAAUACGGAACACGCUGUACAAUACGGAACACGCUGUACAAUACUGAACACGCUGCACAAUACGGAACACGCUGUACAAUACUGCUUCCAAAUAGAGUUGAAUUCAUAUUAAAGAAAGUAUCUCAUCUCGUA